GCUGUAGGUGCUUGCUGGUACUUGCUUGGGAUUCAGAGAGCAGCGAAAUGCCUGAAAGAACAAUGCUCACUGCUAGCUGAUGCCAACGGCUGCAGGCGGCAAACCGUCGCCUGCGUCAGUCCGAUCUACUAUGGCACCACAACUUCACCAAUCACUGGCAGAGAUAGAUUAGCGUGGGCUAACAACUCCAACGCCAGAGCUACUUGCCUCGACAGCAGCAACAACUUCGACUAUGGAUCUUAUAAAUGGACAGUCUCUCUUGUGGCCAACACCAGCCGCCUUGAGAAAAUUCUUCUUCCCAUUUUCUGGGGCUUAAUGACACUCAGCACAUUUGGAAACCUGGAGAGCACAACGGAAUGGCUCGAGAUCGUUUUCAACAUCAUCACCAUAACCUCUGCUCUCGUCUUGGUCACGAUGUUGAUUGGGAACAUCAAGGUUUUCCUGCACGCGACGACUUCAAAGAAGCAAGCUUUGCAUCUGAGGAUGAGGAGCGUUGAGUGGUGGAUGAAAAGGAAGAAUCUGCCGCAGGGUUUUCGGCAGCGAGUUCGGCAGUAUGAGCGACAGCGUUGGGCGGCAAUGCGAGGUGUGGACGAAUGUGAAAUGGUAAGAAAUCUCCCAGAGGGGCUGAGGAGAGACAUCAAGUAUCAUCUCUGUCUGGAUCUCGUGCGCCAGGUCCCUUUGUUUCAACACAUGGAUGAGCUGGUUCUGGAGAACAUUUGUGACCGGGUGAAGUCACUCAUUUUCCCCAAAGGAGAAACGAUAACAAGGGAAGGAGACCCAGUGCAAAGAAUGAUAUUUAUAGUUCGAGGACACCUACAAAGCAGCCAGAUGCUUCGCGACGGCGUUAAGAGCUGCUGUAUGCUCGGCCCGGGCAACUUCAGCGGCGACGAGCUCCUCUCGUGGUGCCUCCGUCGACCUUUCGUGGAGCGGCUGCCUCCGUCUUCGUCCACGCUUGUGACGCUAGAGACGACGGAAGCAUUCGGGAUUGAAGCAGCGGACGUGAAGUAUGUGACGCAGCACUUCAGGUAUACGUUUGUGAACGAGAAGGUAAGACGGAGCGCUCGGUACUAUUCGCCGGGGUGGCGGACUUGGGCGGCUGUGGCUAUCCAGUUGGCUUGGCGGAGAUAUAAGCACCGGAAGACUUUGACUUCCCUGUCAUUCAUAAGACCACGGCGGCCACUUUCGAGGUGCUCGUCGUUGGGUGAGGAGAAGCUGCGGCUUUAUACAGCGCUGCUCACCUCGCCAAAGCCAAAUCAGGAUGACUUCGACUGCCUUUGAUUUAAUUCAGUCGUUGUUGAAGGGUGUUUAUCGUAAUUUUACUAUUUGGCAAUUUGCCUAUUUUUUUAAAAUGCGCUGUAUUAUGGGGAUUGGUUGCAAUUAGAUGUCUAAAGUGUUGAUUUUCUCAUAUAAA